UGACCCCAGUCAGGCUGUUCCACACACACUGGUAGGAAGAUGUCUGCUCUGCUGCUGUUGUUGUUAAGUGCUGGAGUCCUGCUGUCUUCUAUUGAGGCUCAGGAGGCUUACAGUAAACUCCCUGACAAGUACAGGAAAGGAGUGGAUCUGGCUCUGCAACAGCUCAACUCUCAUUCUGGAGUCCAGCACCAUUAUCUCUUCUUCAAGAGUCUCCUGAAGUCCGACAUAGAGCCUGGAUUUGAUGUGAGCUAUAUUUAUCACAAUUUCUACCUGAAAGCCACCAAGUGUGGAAAGGGAACAGUUGACGCCACGCAAUGCAAGUUCAGGGAAGACCGACCAUUGAUAGACUGUGCAAUCUGCUACAAAACCUUUGCUGGAAAGAUUGAGACGGAGCCCAAGCCGUAUGUCCACUGUCUCCACAAACCAGCUCUUACAGAGGAUAUGAAGACAGCAAGAGUAGAUCACUGUAACACAAUGAGUUACCAAAGUGGAGACGCAACUAUCCUGGCUUCAAAGGGUUCCAAGUGAAAUUCUUGGCAAUGGGAGUAAUGUCGUUUUGUGGCCAUGCAUGAUAAAACGUUUGUAUUGCACGAUAGGCUUACAUCUGAAUGUCGUCUGUAGAGGCACCCUCAUUUCAUCUGUAUUCGUUAUUCUGUGUUCAACUUCCUCAAGUACAGUAUCUAACAACUUUAAACACACUAAGGCUUGUGGUUUUUAACGGUGCCUAUAUCGGUCUGCUAAUACAGGACUAGUGCACUACUUUUGUGAAAAAAUAUGGAACUCUCAAAUACAUUUAGUUAUCAGCAUUUGUAACUUGAGUCUGAUAAUAAUCUGUACAAAACAGUUAAUCUGAUAAUACUUGUCGAAUAUACAAAUAUUGCUUGAUAUUUGUUUUCCUGUUUCUUGAACUACUUUGCAAAUGCAACUUAUUUCUCUGUGGGGA